ACGUUGGUGCGCAUUCGCACUAGUCUACUGUAAGCGUCAGUUAGUGUGUGCAGCACCGUUGCCCACUCUGAACAUAACAGUGGUGAAUUUUGUUGUUGGGUACUUGCAUUGUCAUUAAAAAAUGAGUGCCCGAAUCUCUAAUAAUCUGCGAAGUGCGAAAGCAGUAGCAGCGGCUUUGUCGGAUUCAGAAGACGAACGUCUUUCUGAAAACAGUAACGAUGGAAGUGUAUUUCUAGUAUCUAAUGAUGAAGAUAGCGAAAUUGAAAAAGUGAAAGGAGAGGAUGUCAUCACAGAAUAUGAGGAUGAUGACGAAUUCGAUUUGGAAACGGAGCCUGCAUCGAAGCAACGUCGUCUUAAUAAAGGUGCAGAUAGGCAGAGUUGUCGCGGCAGUCGUUCAAGUGGGAAUCCGAAUUUCUCUACGAAUACAAAAAACGAUGAUAUGGACGUAGAAACUCCGGUCGAAGCGUUUCGGGUAUUAUUCGAUGAUGCGAUCUUAGAUAAAAUUAUAAUUCAUACGAAUGAAGAAAUCGAACGCGUUAUGUGUUUACUUAUAAGUAAGGAACAUCAAUGUCAAAGUAUUCAUAAAAAGAUUGACAAAGAAGAAUUGUGCGCGUAUUUAGGCCUUUGUUUUUACAGUGCUUACUUCAAAGAGAAUGAAUCAUGCGUCAAAGACAUGUGGGAUGAUGUAUUCGGUCGCGGAAUCUAUCGGGCCACAUUGUCGGGAAAGAGAUUUGAAUUUUUGAAUCGCGUUUUGCGAUUUGAUGAUAAAAAUACGAGAUCGGAACGUCGAGCCACUGAUAAACUUGCACCGAUAAGAGAAAUUUGGGAUAUUUUUAUACAGAACUGUACAAAUAAUUUCGAGCCGGCUAAUAACUGCACAAUCGACGAGCAGCAUAAACCGGAAAUAAUAAUGUCGUAUAAUUGUUACAAGGGUGCCACUGAUACGUUUGGUGAAAAGUCUCAUGAGUUUUCUACUGCUCGCCGUACUGCGAGAUGGCCCUUACGGUUUUUCUACAACAUGCUAGACCAAUCUGCUGUAAAUGCCAGAGUUGCAUAUAACUUGAAUGCUGAUAAUCCACGACUUUCUCGAAAAAAAUUUCUGAAAAAAUUAGCAUUUGGCUUGGUGGAACCGCAUCUUCGGCGACGUUUAGGCAUUGCUACGAUACGCGCUUCGAUAAAAAAAAUCAUACGUAAACUUUUAGAAAUCGAUGAGCACGUGCCAGCAGUUGUGAGCGUCAUCAAAGAAAAUACAAGGUCAAAGUGUCACUUGUGCGAUAGCAAUGCAGUUGGCCGAACACGCAUGAAGUGCCCGAACUGCUUACGCAGAAUGUGCGAUGAUCAUCGCACAGCUAUUUGCGUCGAAUGUUCUGCCGCAAAUUAAUUUUAAAUAAUUUUAUAUUUUUGUAUUUUAAAAUUAUUUUACAUAUUUAAGUUGAUGUUAUGGUUUUCGACCAAGAUUUGGUGAUAAUAAAAUGAUGGUACGCUUCCAGUGGGCACAAAAUAUGGCCAUGUCGUUAAGGUGUCUUUACGAUAUCGUAAAUAAGUCAUAUGAUCUGACGAUGUCUUUACGAUAUCGCAAAGACACCGAAACGACAUAGACAUAUGAUGUCGUAAAGACGUCGCCAAAUUUUGUGCCCACUGGGUUUUUUGAUCCUGUAUUAUAAUUUAAUCUUCCAUUCCUUUAUUAACAAUACAAACGUAGAUGUGGGCAUAAUUCAGUUUUUAUAAGCUAAACAUUGCAAACAUAUAGAACAUUAUUAAAUUUCUCGUUAUCAAAUUUUUAAGAUUUGUGAUCUGUUAUUUCUUUUUUACUUUCAACCAUGGCAAGCAUUUUUAUCCAAGAAAAUGACAUUUCUACCACAAAGUCCCAAUUUUGACAACAGAGUGGAAUUUUCUAAGAAAAAUUUAAUUUUCAACCAGAGAGGUGAUUCAAUUUCAAGAUUCAAUUUCUAUCAAAUAAUAAACUUUCUCCACAAAAGAUGGAA